AUGAGAGAAGAUAGAGCUGAUUUGGACCAAGGAUUGGGAUGGAUCACGUUCUUGGCUAAGGGAGAGAAGAGAAUGGUGACCUUUAGGCAGUUGGAGAUCUUGUUUGGGUUCAACUAUGGAGAAGGGACAAGUGGAACUUCAAGGAAAGGAACUCCAAAGGUUUGGGCUACAAUCGCUGAUGGAGUGUACUCUUCCUCAAGGUCUAAGGCGCUCAAAUCAGGAGCCCAGUGCUUGAGAUAUGUGCACAAGGCACUUGCCAACACCUUCUUUGCAAGGAAGGCAACCGGGACAUCAAUGAGGGGGAACUCAAGCUUCUUGACAUGGGAAUCAAGCCCAUUCUCUCACGCACAAGCGAUGGCAAGAGGAUCAGGGGAGAUAGAUCCACACAGGAACUUGAUGCCUUCCUUGAUCACCUCCUCACCUACAAGACCACGCCUACAACACUCACAUCAACGAGAAGGCUAA